UCAAGUAUCGAUACCAAGUAUGUAUGCCUGUUCGCCCUGAUGUGUGCAAAAGGUCUAUCACCGCCAUUGCCACUGUUUUUAUUUUCAUUUUAGCUGAGGCCUUACAAAUCUCAAAACUAGGACAUCAGUACAGGGAAUGAUACAUACACCGGACAGUGUCCAUCAUAGUUAUAAUUGGUCUGACGAUACCGGUGGCGGGGCGGGGAAGCGCUCCAAGAUGUUUCACUCUACACCUACUCCAGCACCCCCAAACAACUCUCUGAGCACAUGGGACAUAGAUGGAGGUUUGGCUGCAGACUUUGAUGGUUCUCUGUCUGGUCUAGGUACCGAGUUAGGAACAGCAAGCUACAAUAUGAGUGAAGCUUUACUUGCUUUGCCAGUAUUUAAACAAGAAAAUUUGGAAAAUGGUUUCCAGUACAUUUUAGGAGCUGCUACAUCUCCAGCUGUGAAGAUAAAUGAAGAAACGUUAACAUAUCUCAAUCAAGGUCAGUCAUAUGAAAUAAAACUUAAGAAGCUUGGUGACCUUUCAGAAUUGCAAGGAAAAUACCUGAGAAGUUUGGUUAAAGUAUUAUUUCAUGACAGACGGCUGCAGUUUAUGGAGAAAGAACAAAUUGAUUCCUGGAAACAGAUGCGGCCACGGGAAAGAAUCCUGGAUAUUGAUAUCCCAUUAUCUUAUGGUCUCAUUAAUGUCAAUUUGGACACUGUACGGUUAAACCAGCUUGAGUUUAUCUGGGAUCCUACCAAGGAGACAGGCCUCUAUGUACGUGUGCACUGUAUAUCUACAGAGUUCACAGCUAAAAAACAUGGAGGGGAGAAAGGAGUGCCUUUUAGAAUACAGGUUGAGACAUACACAAAUACAGAUGAAGCUAAAUUACUGCAUGCUGCCUCUUGUCAAAUUAAAGUCUUUAAGCCCAAAGGUGCUGAUAGAAAACAUAAAACAGACAGGGAAAAAAUGGAAAAAAGAUCUGAUUUAGAAAAGGAAAAAUAUCAACCUUCUUAUGAAUGUACAGUCUUAACAGAGGUUCCAAAAGAUCAAAUAAUACAAUCCAAGUCAGGUUUCAGUAAUACUCAGUCACUCACCAGCAGUUUUGCUGAGCUCAAUUGUACAGCCUCCCCUAACCCCUCCCUCAGUCCACCACAGAGCAGCACCAUUCACACCCCCUUGCCCUUCACACACAGCCAGCCUGUUGAACCACUGGAUGUGCUAGCAGGGCCACUGUCGUCAGAUGCUCAAGCAAUAGAUGUAGCACGAUGGCUUCAUUUUCAUAGGUUUUCAAAUUAUGUUCGUGUUUUUCAAAAUUUUUCCGGUGCAGACUUAUUGCGAUUGACCCGUGAAGACUUGAUACAGAUAUGUGGUUUAGCUGAUGGGAUUAGAUUAGAUAAUGCCCUUCAAGCUAGAAACAUUCGACCUCGGCUCACAGUGUAUAUAUGUCAAGAGCCAGAAUCCAAUAAGUUUUAUUAUAAAAUAUAUCAUGCUAUUUAUUUGGAUACACUUGGUCUAGCAGAAUUUAAAAUGAAACUCUCCACAUUGUUUGGUAUCCAAACACAACAAAUCAGUGAUAUAUUAAUGCAGGGUCCUUCUCAAAUCCACAUAUUACUCACAGAUGAGGUUGUACAGAAUAUACAAGAUCAAACAAGAUUUGUUGUUGAAGGAAUGAAAGAUGAACAUGGUGACCAGUACAAAAUACUUUUAAAAACUUUAGAUCAGUAAAUGGCAUUUUGUUGUAAACAUGUUAUUUGAUGUUAAAAACUGUGUGAAGAUUAAAACUGUGGUGUAAGGAUGUGCCUACAGCAGUUUUAGUGAUAGAAACAUACCUACCAACUUUCAGGAUAGAAACAGAAACAUACCUACCAACUUUUAGGAUAGAAACAUACCUACCAACAUUCAGGAUAGAAACAUAACUGUGUUAUUUCUCAUUGUUUGCUUAGGAGGUGAACACAAAAGUGUGUUGUUCUGAAAAAGGGCUGCAGAAUUGGUACCUAAAGUGAUGAUUAGUUAAAAACUUGUUGAAAUUUAGGCUCAAAUUCUUAGAGGAAAUUGGUAGAGACCCUCUGACUGCAGCCCUUCUUAUAGAGAUCUUUUUUUCUUUACACUUUUACACUUUCCAUCUUACUUGUAACUAGUGUAAGGAUUAAAGAAAAACCAUUAUGCUUAGAAUUAACUUUAUACAGAUUGCACAUGACUUUUUUUUUUUUUUUUGGGUGUCUUUUAAAAUCGUUUCAGUUUCAUACUAGUUUUGAUGCAAUAAUUAUGUCCUUUUAAUAUAAAAAGAAAUGUAUUAAAAUUAAAUAAGAAAUUCAAAAAUUGUGCAUAAAUCAACACAAAGGAUUAUUAUUUAUUUUGUUGUAAAAAUAAAUGUAUGCACAAUUUUGAUAUUUCCAUUCUUUUUAAAUUGUGUUUACUACAAUUGUUCUUUUUCUAUUUUGACAGACAAUGGGAUGUUCAUUAUUUUUUUGAUAGCACAAGUAGACUAGGCGCCUUCUGUAUAAUGUAAAUUCUUUGCAUUGGAAACUCUAUUGUUAAGUAUAACUUAUAUGGCACUAGGCAUUAAGAAAACAUAGCAUUUAGUUUCGCUGACAUCUUUUUUUUUUUGAUGCGUUGUUGAAAUGUUUAAAACUGAAACAUGCAGUGUUUUCCCUCCAGCCCCUUUCUGUUCAUGUAAAUAAAUGUAAAGGCAUGGAGACGAGGCAUUGUCUAAUUUGUCAUUCCAAAUAGAUUUUGACAUAGUAGAGAUCUCAGCUUUGUUUUGUGCACAGUAGGUGCUGCAUUUGAAGUUUGUUUUAUUCUCAACAUUGGUUGGUUGUAUAGUUCAUAGUGUGUGUGUGUGUGUGUGUGCAGGAUCAAACAAUGUUCAUUUUGUGAUUUUUAUGUGAGCGUACUUACAUGGUGGUUGAAAUGACCUAGAUAGUUGUCCAAUUCUUAUAGCUGUAUUACAAAAAUAUUGUAUGUUGACAAACAUAACUAUUGUUUUAGUCUUUCUCUAGGAAUUUUUUUUAGACUUUUUUUCAUGUUAAAUGCUCUGUAUAAAAGUGUAUUAAAAUUGAGAGUUGUAAAUAUAUACAUUAAAAAAAAAAAGGUACCUUUAAUUACAGUCAAUGUAUGAAAUUAUUAAAGAUAAUUAAUUGUGAAGUAUGUAUUUUAAGAUCCAAAGAUGUAUUAGCUAAAAGCUAAGGGAACAUUGUAUGAAAAAUAGGCCUACAUCUAGGUAUGAAUGAAAUGUUUGAGAUCCAAAAUCAAGUGUGAUAACUUGUUUGCUAAACUUCACAAGUAUGUUUGUGUGGCUCAUAGAAUGCUUUGCUCAUUGUAUGGAUGGUUCAGUCAAGAUUUGUUCAUACUUUUAUUGUGUAUUGUUACUGCUGAACUAUUUGGCUGGAAUGACUUUGUUCAUUUUGGUGGUGUUGAGGGCCAAGUUUUUUUAAAGUCUCUUUUUGUGUGCAUUUUUAAACAGACCAAAUCCAUUCAUUGCAAAACAUUUCCUCCCCCCCCCCCCCCUCCCUGUAUGCUACUCAAUUGCUGGAUUUGCAUUGUUUGUUUGAAAUAAAGGCUCAUUUCAUCCCCUCUAUUUUUGUCCCAUUCCUCUCAAAAAGGUUCAAGGUUUGGGGCACACCCCUUCCUGGUUAUUGAAGCUGUACAACUUUUCUUUGAAACAAUGCACUGUAUAUUUACUGUUUUGAACUAUGUACAGUGUUUAUUUUUGUUUAAUUAAAUGUUAAUAUAAAGACCCUACUCUAAGCUAUAGCUGUUAUUAUCAAUAGUUUGCUAGGAUUGUAUAAUGAUUUUAUGUAAAGGAGCAAGUUGUAGUGAAAUAGAGAUUGUUUCAAAAUAUAUCAUUGCUUACAAAGUUUUAGAAAAUCCAAAUAAUAAAUUUAGCAGCUUGAAAUAUUUCAGGUGUUUUUUUUUUCACAAUAGUCAAUGGAAAUUGAAAGCAUCAUUUUUUUGGGGAGUCAGAAAAAAAAAGGGGGGGGGGAAUAGAAAGAUUUUAUCUUUAGUUAUGAAAUUUUACAUGAUAGCUUGUUUAUCUCUGUAUCACUCUUAAAAUUAAACAUUUUUUUCAUUGAUUGGGGCAUGGUGGCUUAGUGGAAAAGCAUUUGGCUUCCAAAUCUUGGUGAAGCCUGAGAUUUUGAACUUUCAGGGCACCUCUGAGUGCACCCAACUCUAACAAGUACCAGAAAUACAUUGGGGAAGUAAAGCAGUUGGUUGUUGUGCUGGCCACGACACCCUUGUUAACUGUCGGCCAUAGAAACAGAUGAGCUUUACAUCACCUUCCCCAGACAAAUUGCAAUAUCUGAAAGGGGUACUUUAAUUUUUUUUUUUAUUUGUGAUGCGUAAAUUAGCUUGAAUCAAUUUUAAAACAUAUUUUGACUUUUCUUCUAGAUCCAGUAAUCACUCAGUGCUGAAAUGUCAUAUGGCAAACCUUGUCUUAUAUUGCUAAUUGCUAACUACAUUUGUUCUGGUGCACAUUGCCUUGGAGGCCUGUGUUGGGCGAGACAUAUAGUGUGUGUCCUGCACAUGGUGUUCAAUUAUAAUGUGUCCAGGCUACAGUGUUAUAUGUAGAACCUAUUUCAAUAGCUGUAAUUGUUUUUGUAAUCUUCAAAAGGUGACACUGUUCUGUGUAAAGCUGUGACCUGCCUUUCAUGUCUUGUUACUUUGAUGCAUUAGAAAGCAAGAGAAUUUAAACCAGGAGGCUGAUUAGUGGAACAUUGCCAGUUGUAGAAAAUAUACUCUUUUUAGUUUCCUUUUACAUUUGUAUACUCUUAUAACUCUACUUAAAAAUAAGUUUUGAAGAGCUUCAAACUGAACCUGUUAUAGAUGAAAUAAAAAGUUGAGGCAUGGGACAAGAAAUGAUGAACUGAUUUUAGUCUCUCCAUAAGUGUAACCAUCAAUGAUACCACAGAGGCUUAGACCAUUUCCUGCUAUCAUGUUGUAAGGUCAAACAAAAGAGACCCUCUUUGGGUUUGAUAUUUCAAUUUGGAUAAGAUGUUCAAUGUUCAUUCUGAAAGCAAUGACAAAAUGUCAUUGGAGGCUUUUUUGUUGUUUCUUCUUGACACACUUGUUUCCCUGGUGUUGUGUGUGGACAUAAAUAGAUUCUUAAACUUUUAGAAAUAAAUAUCCAAUUUGGUUAAACAAAAAGAUAUAAGGAUGUACCAGGAACUAGGGAGAAAAAGAGAAAACUAGAGAGAAAAAAAAUUACAAUGCUAUGUCAUGGCAACUUUUAAUUAUGGAAGCAUUAGAAAUUAAAAACGUGCAUAGGAUAACAGAGAGCCAAAGGGUGUCUUAGAAAAUAAAAUGUACAAAGAAUAACAUAGCCAGAGGGUGUCAGACUUGCUAACAACUUGCUAAUACACUGUCGUAGAAACAAGGUGAUGAGUAAUUUACAUGACUUGAUAAGUUUCUCUUCUGACCUUUAUUUAUUCUUAUUGUCAUUCUUUUACAACUAUAAUAACCCAUUACGCGCACAAACAUGUAGUUUAGACCAGCUUCAAUUUGAUUGUGCCUUUUAUUAUCAACAAAGUAGUGUUCACUUUGAGUAGUCCACCCCCAUAGUGUCCUUAGGACAUGUGCAAGACUUGAACCAGCCAACACUUUUCAUUUGUCUGUUUGUUAGUGGUGUUAAUGUAAAUAGUGGAUCUUAUGACACAUGGAAUGAAAAUAAAGCAAAUAUUUACAAUGA